UUUAUUUCCACAGGCUACAAAGAAUAACGGCGUUCUACCAACACGUGGGAAGUUAUUCAUUAGAACUCGAACUCGAAAAAAUGGCACUAUUAUCAAUUCUGCAGCAACUGCAGUUGUGGAAGCUCUUCACAAUGUGAUGAAUGAGGAAAAUGAUAUUCAAGAUUCUGAAGGCCCGGUUGAUUACAGAAAUGAUGAUUUAGCCAAAGUGAAAGGUCCAGAAAAAAGAGGGCGCAUUCGUUGCGUAGGAUUUACAGUCAUGAAGGAUAAAUGUGCUUCAUCCUCUCAACAACCACAAGUGCCCAUACAAGACCCACAAGUUCCUAUUCUUCAAGCUCAAGUUUCUACACUUUCAAGAAAGUUUGAUAUGCUAUUAGGUGCUUUCAAAAAGAAUCUGCCUCAUGAACAAUUAUGUGCAAUCCUCAAUGAUUUGAAUAAUGAGGUCGGUGGUGAACAUUCUCCAACACGCAAUAGGUCAUCAACCGGAAGCUAUCAACCCGAAGGAAUUAGUUAGAGUUAGAUUUAGUAUUAAUUUGUUUUGAUUGAACAAAUUAUUUCAAUUUGUAUGCUUCAAAUUAAACUAUGAACUAGUUCUUAUGUACUUGGUUCUUAUUUGUUUUUAAAUAAAUUUGAAUGAGAUACUACAUACUUAUUUGAA